AGUACACAAAUAUAGCAACACUAACUAUCACAACCACAACCACAAUUAUCUUUUUCUCAUUCUUUUUCUCUUUCUCUUUCUCUUUCUUUUUCUUACCUAUUUCUAAACAUAGCAAGCCUGAGAAAGAAACACACACAAAAACCGUUGUCUUUAGUCCUUCCUAACUGUUUUUCAGAGAUAAACAAAACGUGAGUUCCCUAAAUUUCCCUUGACCAAAAGAAACAAUUUGCAACAAGAAAAAAUCGUGACAAUGGCAUAAAAAAUGGUGAUGCUAUAGGCCAAGGGAAAAAGAAUAAGAAGGUAGAAGAGGCAAAGGACAUGGAAGAGAGUCACAGAGGAUCAUCUUCAACACCACAAUCUCGAAGAAUCAUGGUGAUUGCCGACCCAACCCGUGAAUCCGCAGCUGCUCUUCAAUACGCUCUUUCACAUGCCGUGCUUGAGCAAGACGAGCUUAUCCUCGUCCAUGUUGAAAACAAUGGUGGCUCAUGGAAAAAUGCUUUCUCCAGUUUUUUGAGAUUACCAAGCUCCAGCUCCUCCUCAAACACCAGCGGGUCUUCACCAGGAGCUGCUAAUUUUAAUCCUAGCACAGCAAACUCGGCUUCAUCUUUGGCCUCAGAAAUUGGUCAGGGAGAAGGAAAUUUUCUUGAACAGAUGAGACGUAUAUGUGAAGUCGCUCAGCCAAAGGUACCUGUUCACACCGAGUGUAUAACCAUGGAAGGCAUCAAAGCUGCAGCUAUUCUUCUUCACGGAGAGAAACUUGGGGUUGAUGUUAUAAUCAUUGGUCAGCGGAGGACAAUCUCAUCCUCCCUUCUAGGAUCUAGGCGACCUGGAGGGUCUCUAAGAGGGUCAAAAGGAGUAGACACAGCGGAAUAUCUAAUCGAGAAUAGCAAAUGCACAUGUGUUGGUGUGCAGAAGAAAGGUCAAAAUGGAGGGUAUGUUCUAAACACCAAGACCCACAAGAACUUUUGGCUCUUGGCGUGAUCAUGCUCAAUGCUCCUAGUCAGUUUCAUAAUUCAUAAAUGUAGCUAAAAAGGAAAUUAUUAAAAUUUACCUGUCAUCUUCACUUGCUUGUUUCAUGAUCUCUAACUUCAGUAGAUGAAGUGUUAUGGAGGCAAACAUAAAUGAACUAUUUAUUUUACCAGGUUCAAUGUUAGCCAGA